GGAGAAGUGGGGGUGAGCUGGCUACAUCUGAGCACAGGUCUCCAGUCUGACCGAAAGCCGGGGAGGAAAGUCGCGGACACCCUUGGCGGGUUUCUCUCGAUGAGAAGCGACGUGUGACUCUACUGUGCCGCGAUGGGCAGCAGCGGCCCCGGAGCUACUUCGCUGCCAUCAGGGACGGAACUUCUUGUGUCCACGAGAGGAGGCGCAGCGGUUGACGGACUCCCCACGGACGCACAGGUGUGAAUCACUAUGAAGGCACAACGUCCAGCAUCUGAGGGUCCCUGCGCGCCGCGGUGACAGACAUGGAUCACUUUUCUCGGAGAAAGCGGGUCGGUUUGCUGAAACCGCUGCUGAGUCUGUCCCUGAUCUUCGCUUCUUUUCUCAUGAUCCACAAGCUCAAAGUGUCAGAGAAAGACGCGAGAGCGAGAGCCAAGCAUGUGAGGGACACGGGAUGGUGCGGCUCGGAGUGUUUUUCAUUCAAGAAGAGAGUGGUGAAAACUACUUUGGGGAGCUCAGACUCUCGGAUGCCCAGCAACGGUUUGGAGUCGCAGGCGGCCACCAGCGGGACUCCGGCGUCCUGGGACGCGCAGGUUCUCAACUGUAGUGAGGACGCGUCGGUGAAGACGCAGGACUGGUUCCGACGCUUGGACCCGAGAUUCCACCAGUUUGUUCUGCAUAGACACUGCAGGUAUUUUCCCAUGCUCAUCAACCACCCGGAGAAAUGCACGGACGGAGAGGUGCACCUCCUCAUGGUGGUCAAGUCCGUCAUCGAGCAGCACGACCGGCGCGAGGCGGUGCGUAAAACCUGGGGCAAGGAGCAGACUGUCGACGGAAAGAAAAUCAAAACUUUAUUUCUAUUAGGCAGCCCGAACACAGGUAAAGACACCAAGAACCUCCAGAAACUGAUCGAAUACGAGGAUAAGAUCUACGGGGACAUCUUGCAGUGGGACUUCAUGGACACCUUCUUCAACCUGACCCUGAAAGAGGUCAACUUUCUCAAGUGGUUCAACAUCUUCUGCCCCGGCGUGCAGUUCAUUUUCAAAGGAGACGACGACGUGUUUGUGAACACGAACAACCUGCUGGAGCUGAUCGCCUUCAAAGUGGAGGAGCACAAAGACGAGAACCUGUUUGUGGGGGACACCAUCUCCAAAGCGAUCCCCAUCCGGAACCGGCAGAGCAAAUACUACAUCCCCAAAGAGCUAUACGACAAGCCAUAUCCCCCUUACGUCGGAGGUGGGGGGUUUCUCAUGUCCGCGCGAUUGGCCAGGAGGCUGUUCGUGGUCUCGGAGGACCUGGAGCUGUACCCCAUCGACGACGUGUUUUUGGGGAUGUGUCUGCAGAAGCUCCAUUUGGCCCCAGAGUUGCAUCCGGGCUUCAGGACAUUCGGCAUCACCAGACGCAAGGUGAGCCCCAUGAACAGAGAGCCCUGCUUCUACAAAAACCUGCUCGUGGUGCACAAGCUGAGCGCACAGGAGCUGCUCAAGAUGUGGAGCGUGGUUCACAACGAGGUGCUAGUUUGCGCUCGAAUAACCUCCAUAUGAGUGGCAGUUUAUAGGAAUCCAAAGAUCAGCUCCCUAAGUGAACACAGAGACCAGUUAACUGAGCGCACAGCGGAUUUCGCGGGAUCUGCGGAGUCACGCCAGUUGUUUUUUUUUUUUUUUUUUUUUUUCUUGAGAUCUGACGCUAUAGGUUACACGCAGAUAGUCCACAUAUUGCCCCCAACAUUUCCCCACCAGUCUGAACAGGUCUGACGUCCCCUGUAUGCCUGUGAUUUUCCAUUUUGAAGAACCACUACAGUUCCACAAUGAGAAUAUGUCUGUUUCCGAUUCUUGGUGCCAUUCAACAUUUCACUGUCCACCCUUUCAUUUGAAAUAGACUGCUGAAAUACUACGUUGUUUUAAUGUGUUUUUGUGGCAUCCAGGUGUUGCCCUGAAGUCUAUUACUGUGUCGCCAUUUUCUGAUUUCAGGAUUUCUCUGUGACUGCAAACUGUACUACAGUGAACUGCAAUUAUUCUGACAUUGUAAAAAUCAAAUGUUUUUUUUUUUUUUAAAGUUAAUAUAUUGUGUUAUUUUACGUUUUUUUUAAUCCACUGUGUAUGAUUUACAGCGGCAGGCCUAAACCAAAGAAACCAAACAGGCUGUAAUUGGUGUAUGAUAGUGUAAAUAAAACUAGAGCUCUCUGUCAGCUUUGUACAUAAAGAAAAACUGUUGCACCAUUUGACUCACGCCAAUGUUUGAACAGCGCUCUGGGAGAGAUUUGGAAUAGUAUCACUGUUUCCAAGUCUACACUCAGCUGAGCUCAGAGCCUGUUUAGUUUCUAACUGACGUUCGUCUCUUUCCAGAGCCUCUAAUCACGGCCGACUCUUACUGUACGUUGAAAUAGUAAAAGGGAAUCUCCAACGUCCAGCUUAAUGUGGCUUUAUUUAACAAAUACAGAUACAUUUGCAGCAAAAAUAGCCAUUUGAUGCCAAAAAUAUCACCCAGAAAAUACUGACUACUAUGCACAGAAAACACAAAUACCCAGCGGCACAGUAGUUCUCAGUAAAGAAGCAUAUCAGAGCCAAGGUGAUGCACAGAGAGGUCACAAAGCAAGUAUUCUCUGUUGAGUUACUGUUCCACUAAUACAACAGGUGGUCCGAUCACUGAGGUCAUUUUUAUGACUAAUAUUACAGUUUUAAAAAUGUUUUUUACGAGGCGUCUGUACGGACUGACAGAUCUUGUCUUCAGAUGUGUUACAUCAACAUUGUCAUAAAAACUGCGCACAGGAGAAGUUAAACUAUAAAACUAUUUUUAUUUCAGUUUUGUUGUUAAGGAGAAGUAAAACACCAGAGAUAAAUAUAAAUAUGGUAGCUAAGAUCUGGUCUGGCUUCUGGUUGAAACUGUUAAAAGCGCAUCACACUGUGUGUAGGGUUCAGUUUAUGAUCUGUGCAGCUGAAAUAAAUACUUGGGGAAAGGC